AUGGAUGAAUGUGCCGCUCCCGACCCGGCUUUCGCCUCUGAGAUGGGGUACAGCAUCCUUAUACUUGACAGCGUCGAUCAGUUGGACGAUGAGGACGAAGAAGCAAUAAAUUGCGUCUCGGCUACAUCGCUCUGGGCUUUCGUGAAGACAAUUGUUCGACAACCAAACAUUCGGGUUGUGAUAUCGUACUGGAUAAGACCAAAUUGGGUUUAUCCUAAAUUCGACGUCUACGAGCUGGGCCCUCUCGACACGCAUGCUAGUCUCGAGGUUGGACUGCAUUGGCUCGGCUCACAUGGUCACUCGAUAGAUCUGUCUGGUCGAGAGCAGCGUGAAAUACUGGAAGCCUGUGUGCAAUUGGCUUUGGGUAAUUCACUCGCUAUACAAGCCAUGAUGUACAUGUACAUGAAAAGUGGCCGUGACCUGAAACAGUUCUACACUGGCGUGCUCAUAGGGGAUAUAACACUUGAUCUUCCUGGUUUUACACAGCUUGUUGGCCCGAAUGCUUUGACCAGACUCGACAAAGGGUUCUCGAAUGCUUGGCAGCAAGGCCUUGAGGUCGUUGUAGAGUCUUCUCAUUUGGUGUACGGCAUAUUUUGGAGAGUAAUGCCACAGGAUAUCGUCCCGUUUCGAUUGUUUCUAUUAAAAGCAGUCAGGAGGUCCAAACUGUUCUUACGAGACCGUUACGUGUUUGGUACUAUGUCGACUUGGCCAGAGGAGUUUUAG